AUGGACUAUAUGGUCAAACAAUCAGGGGGACAUGAGCACGUCGGUUUCACACAAAAAGAUAUAUACAAUCAAGUUGAUGCAAUGCGUAGAAGUGAAAUUAAAGACGGUGAUGCAGAAGCAGCAUUGGCUUAUUUGUGUGGAAAGGUAGAAAUGGAUUCUUCAUUUUUUUAUAAAUUCAACAUUGAUGAAGAAAGUCGACUAGCAAAUUUGUUUUGGGCUGAUUCAACUGCUCGAAUGGAUUAUGCAUGUUUUGGAGAUGUCCUAGCAUUUGACACAACCUAUAGGACAAAUGCCUAUAAAAAGCCUCUAGUAGUGUUGGUCGGUGUUAAUCAUCACCACCAAACUGUUGUAUUUGGUUGUGCGUUAUUGAUAGAUGAAAGUGUUGGGACAUAUGAAUGGGUGUUGGAGACAUUUCUUGAUGCAAUGAUGAAUAAGAAACCCAUAUCUGUUGUAACCGAUGGGGAUAAAGCUAUGCGUAAGGCAAUUAAAAAAGUAUUACCCGAUACGUGUCAUCGAUUGUGUUCAUGGCAUUUGCAACGAAAUGCAUUCACGAAUGUGCAUAUUAAGGACUUCUCAAGCAUAUUUGCAAGGUGCAUGUUCAUGCGUGGGAAUGAAGAAGAAUUUGAAAAGGUUUGGCAUGAAAUGGUUGCAAAUUUGGGACUUAAUGAGAAUCGUUGGGUGACCGAGAUAUAUGGGUAA